CAUGGCGUCGUUCACGGAGCGGUUGGCGUUCGCGUGUGCGCCUCGAGUGUUUUCGCGGACAUGCGUUGCCACCAGCGUCUCGUCGAGACUGUCGUCGACUGACACGGCGAAGCAUCCUGCGGUCGUCGCUGACGGACGACAGUGCGUCGUUUGACCGGUCGCAAGAUGAUAAGCGAAGAGACGGUUUCGACCGCGCAGCCCACGGAGGCGCCGGAGAUGGCGGCUACCGCCGAAAUCGAACCGCGAAAACUCAAAGCCGUCGUAGCCGUGCUCAGCAUAAUGGUGAACGACUACAUGUGCAAACUGAACACUCUGCUACAGUUGGUGCAGCGGCAGCGCAAGCUGCUCCACGCUCUGGCUGCGAUCCGGCAAAAGAAAAGGGAGAAACCGACCUCUCUACCACGUGUGCCGGUCAACUGCUGUCCGGCCGUGCGCACCCUUCUGCUGGACUACCUGCACGACGAGACGCUGGCCUUCGAGCGCCACUUCCGCAUCAGCCGCGGCACCUUCCGGCGCAUCUCGUCCAUCUUCACGCGGCCCUCGGGUGUCGGGCUGGGCGCGCGAGCUCGAGCUGCUCAUCUCCUCCACUGGCUCGCCAUGGGGACGUCGUACCGAGCCAUUGCCAGUCAGUUGCUGCUUUUCACUCGACCUUUUAUAACCCUGAACUGUGCUCAUCCUACCAGUUUGAGUCGUAGAUGA